GCCAUGCUUUACCGAACAAGGUCAUCCAGCGGACAAUUUGCAAUAGCGGUUGGCUGCAAUGGAAAAUGAUGACUGUGAAGAUUGUCCAAUCUUAGCUCAGCUCUAAUUUACAUUUUAUUUACAAGUUGUACCCUUAGAAUACAUGGUGAUCAGGUACGGGAAAUUGAAUCUAAAAUAUCAUCCAGUACAUUGUUUGAACCACUUCCAGAUUUUGUGUUUGUCUUGGGCUUUUUGUGCACUUCUCGAUCCUGUAGGCUUAAUCGUUUCAAUUCUGCUCUGGAAGCUUCUGCCUACAAUUGAGUAUAAAGGGAAUAUACGUCGGUUAUAACUUUUUGCAGCCCC